UUCGAGGAGGAGACGUUUCUCUCCGUUAUUAUCACAGUGUGUCUAACGUACAGAAUGGAGACUAAACCGGUCAUCACCUGCCUUAAAACCCUCCUCAUCGUAUAUUCCUUCGUGUUUUGGAUAACAGGAGCCAUCCUGCUGGCAGUGGGAGUAUGGGGGAAGUUGAUGCUGGGCCCGUACAUCUCUCUGAUCGCCGACAACUCCACCAACGCCCCGUACGUUCUCAUUGGCACCGGGACCGUCAUCAUCGUUUUUGGCCUGUUUGGAUGCUUCGCCACUUGCAGAGGAAGCCCAUGGAUGCUGAAGCUGUAUGCCAUGUUCCUGUCGCUCGUCUUCCUCGCUGAGUUAGUGGCUGGGAUCUCUGGAUUUGUGUUUCGCCACGAGAUAAAAGGAACCUUUCACAGGACAUACACUGACGCAGUCCUGAACUACAAUGCUGAGGAUGAGGCGAGCCGUGCUGUUGAUAACUUGCAGCACAGGCUGCGUUGCUGUGGAGUUUAUAACUACACCAGUUGGUUUGGCAGUGUGUAUUACCCAUCCAAUGGCAUUCCUGCCAGCUGUUGCUUUAACUCCUCCGACUGCAACCUAGAAGAACUCCGCAAUGCAACUGUAGCCCCGAACAAAGUCUACCACCAGGGCUGCUAUGAGCUGGUCACUUCCUUCAUGGAAACCAACAUGGCCAUUAUUGCAGGAGUGACGUUUGGGAUUGCUUUCUCACAGCUGAUUGGCAUGUUGCUGGCCUGCUGUCUGUCCAGGAUCAUCACAGCCAAUCAGUAUGAGAUGGUCUAGCUGAUGUGACGUGGCAGGGGGAUGAAGAGAAGGAGAGACAAAGAGCCUUGACACAUGACAAGAGUAAAUUCCCAAAACACUAUCACAUGUCUGAAUUGGAAUUUACCUCCCUCCGUCUCUCUGCCUGUGAUCUUAAUGUAAUAUCUUAAUGUAUCUUAUUGUAAAGCACCAUUCCUUUACUCACUGCUGUUGCAUCAAAGCUUUCCAUACCACACAUCACACUGCUACUUGAUGUAGAAGUUGCUCAUUAGCACAUAUCUCGGAUCAGUAGAGCCUACAACAAGCAGGCAGAACAGAAUUGUCUAAGUUGACAGCGGUGUUGGUCUCAUAUAGGCGAUUGGGUGAAACUUGGCUUCUCAGUUGGUUGCAGCAUGCUCCAUCGACCAUCAUCAGACCACUGCACAUCUUUGUACAGGAUGACAUUACUAAAGCUUGAAAGUAAUACUUUAAUAGAUAGGUUUAGUUUUGCAUUUGACUUUGCUAUUGCUCAUCAUUGUAUAUUCCUAUGGUUGUGACAUUUUGUGAAUUGAUUAUGUGUACUGAGGAUGAUAUCAAAAAAGGAAACUGACAAAAGAGAGAAAAGGGACAAUUGUUAGUCAAAUAGUGAGUUGGUUUUUGUGGCACGACAAUUUUUUUGAACUGAUAAUUUCACUCACUAGCAGAUUAUGAAUUAAUCAACAACAUGUUAAAAUUGUCACUAUCAGUAAAAGCUUUAGUCUUUUAGUCUGGUAUAAAUACACAAAAAUACAGAUUCCAAAUGGGGAGCUUUACUGUCAAACUCCCCCAGCAAUUAAAAUAAUGCUCUACUUAGCCCUAAUUUAUAGCUUCUACAUACAUACAUAAAAUGAGUCUCAUAAAAUGUAACUGAUUAAUUUUUUGGAGUAAAGAAAACUAUUCAUCAAGCAAAACAAACCAGGUCAGUUGUGGAACAGAUCUGUUAUAAUGUAAAUUGAAGGUUGGAUCACACCAGAUGUUGUCUCGGUUGUUAACAGAAUAAUAAGUUCACAGUUUAUUCAAAAGACAGAGUUUACCAUCCAAUCCUGUCUCAUGACUGUCUGCAUGCCAUCCCCAUUUUGUGGAGCAGCUAUUAGGUGUGAUGCAACACAGCUUAUUUGCUAUAAUAGCGCUCUUAAUGUUGGCACUCCCCCUCAGUUCAGGUCAGUUUUGUUAAAGCAUCCAUGGUAAGCUUGUGGUUGCUGCAAAUUUGCUUUUCAAAGUUCAAGAAAGUUGAACUUGAUGUGAAAAUUCCCCCAGAUUUACUAAACCGAAUCCAUUUGUCACAGAGAUUUCUAUGAAAUUAAUAGAUUUGACCAUGUAGUUGUAAAUACUGGUGUGACCCGGCCAUUUCAGGCUCUGAAUUAAAUCAAUUAAAAGUUACAAAAAUUCUUCAACUCAACCCCCCCCAAUUCUGACAUCAGUUAGAUAUUAGUAAUGUUUCACUGUUACUUGUUUUCUGGUUGAUGUAUAAGUAACUGACUAAAUUCCAAAAUGUCAAGAUUUAGCUUUAUAGAGCAACUUAACACCAGCUGAAAACCUUGUUUAUCUACUGUUUAAAGUUCUCACCUUGUUGCAGUGACGUAAACAUGUACCUGACAUCACUGUUGGGUUUAGUUACAGGUGCAACAAAACAAGGAUUCUGGGUGUGAACAGGUUUAAACAUUUUCAACCAGAAGAGGUCAGUGAAACACUGAUCUACAGCCUGUUAUGGCCAGAUCAUUAGGGUCAUGAGUUGUUUUCUUGUGGUGGAAUAUAAUGCCAGCUUGUGUUACAGUAGAAGUCAACAUAGGGAUAUGCAGGACUCCAACAGUGUUCAUCUAGUAUUUACAGUAUUCUAUGUAGUGCAUCAACAUACCAACAUCAUCAUCAUCUGUAGAUAUUUAUUGGAAAUGUAAUUUAUAUGAUGUAAUCUUUCUCAUUCUAAUAUGCUAAUCAGUGUCAAUGUCGUGUCAGUUUUGAUUCCGCACUUUGUGCUGUUAAACUGUAUUUGUUUGAUAGUUUAUAGGAAACACGCACUGAAAAACUAAUUGUGGCCGAUAUUUUGUUGAUAGUAUUGUGCAACAUAGCUGUUUCAAUUUAGCUGUAUAUUUCAUAUGGUUUGGUUGGCAUUAAGUUUACAGUUUCACCAAGUGAUUUUAUAUCUCUCUUUCAAUAUGUGUGAUUUUUGUUUCUUCAUUUGACUGUCUCCUUAACCCUGUAUUUCCCUUGUAUGACGAGGCCUGUGUGUGUGUGUGUGUGUGUGUGUGUGUGUGUGUGUGUGUGUGUGUGACAGAGAGAGCAAGAAAGAGCAUAUAGAUUUUAUGGAUCUUGUUGUAUUUUGGUCAGUACGUGGUUGUGGCUUUUUAAACCUUAUUGCUUUUAAAGCUGUACAUUUAUUUAGUGAAUGUAUGUUUUGAAAACUUAUUUAUCUCUCCCCAAACUAAUAUUGUCCUGUAAAUACUAAAUUGUAAUACCAUCCCGCUUACACAUGGGGUCACCAGACGCUUAAAAAGAACUGCACCAUGUUGUCUACUAUUGACUAAGUCACCAUCAGUGGUCUUAUUAUCAAUAAAUAUACAGAAUAACA